AUGGUGGGUUUGCGAGGGCCAGCCGUCGCGGCGCUGCUGGCGCUGCUGGCUCUGCCGGCCUUGCCCACCACAAACGCGUCCUUGUCGACCGCGGGCAUCACGGGGCUCGCCAAUCGUCUGUUCGAUAAUCAGGGGGACGCGUUCGAGCUUGUUCUGACGGAGAAGCAUGCCGCCUGGUCGCGGUGGAACCCGCCUGUCAACGACAACUACACCGUCAAGGCAGGCAAAGACGGAAAGAUUCUGGUCGAGGGCACGACGCUGAAUGCACUGGCUCGAGGACUGCGACAUUAUGCCAGCGAGGUUCUGCAGAUUGACCGGUUCUUGUUUGUCGACACCUAUAAAAAGAGUCCAACAAACUUGCCCGUGCCACCUGAACCUCUGGAGGGCGCCAGUGUCGUGCCGUGGAGGUAUAACCUCAACACUGUGACCUUUUCAUACUCCUUUGCUUGGUACCAAUGGCAAGACUGGGAGAAGCUUCUCGACUGGGCCGCUCUUCGCGGCGUCAACCUGCAGCUCGCUUGGGUGGGCUACGAAAAAAUCUUCCUCGACAGCUUCCAGCACCUCGGCCUCACCCAGGACGAGAUUCUGCCCUUUUUCAGCGGCCCCGUCUUCCAAGCCUGGAAUCGAUUCGGCAACAUCCAGGGUUCCUGGGGCCGCAAGGGAGACCUGCCCGUCAGCUUCAUCGAGGACCAGUUUCAGCUGCAAAAGAAGAUUGUCGCCCGCAUGGUCGAGCUGGGCAUCACCCCGGUUCUCCCCGCCUUCCCCGGCUUCGUCCCCGGCGCCGUCAGAAGAGUCCGCCCCGGUGCCAAGCUGACGCCGUCCCCCAACUGGUUCUCUCCGGCACCGGACAAGUACUCCCGCGACCUGUUCCUCGACCCCCUGGACCCCACCUACGCAGAGCUGCAGAAGCUCUUCGUCUCCCGGCAGAUGCAGGCCUUUGGCAACGUCACCAACUUCUACACCCUCGACCAGUUCAACGAGCUGUCCCCCGCAUCCCGGGACACCGGCUACCUCUCCGGCAUCUCCCGCCGCACCUACGCCGGCCUGACUGCCGCCAACCCUGCCGCCGUGUGGCUCCUCCAGGGCUGGCUCUUCUACUCCAGCCGCGACUUCUGGACCCAGCCGCGCAUCGACGCUUACCUCGGCGGCGUCGGGGACAAGCAGGGAAUGCUCGUCCUGGACCUCUACUCCGAAGUCCACCCCCAGUGGCAACGUACCAACAGCUACUCGGGCAAGCCGUGGAUCUGGUGCCAGCUCCACGACUUUGGCGGCAACAUGGCUCUCGAGGGACGCGUGCAAAACCUGACCCGCGCCCCCAUUGACGCCCUGCGUCGAUCCAAGUCCCUCGUCGGCUUCGGUCUCACCCCUGAAGGCUACGAAGGCAACGAGAUUGUGUACGACAUGCUCCUGGACCAAGCUUGGUCGCCAAACCCCAUCAACACGCGCCGCUACUUCCGACGCUGGACCAGCAAGCGCUACGCCCUGGGCUCCAGCCUUGCCCCCCCGGAACUGCACCGGGCGUGGGAAAUCCUUCGCGCCAACGUCUACUCCAACUCCCGCGCCGACAUCCCCCAAGUCCCCGUGGCGACCUACCAGCUCCGCCCAGCCCUCUCCGGCAUCGCCAACAGGACGGGCCACUUCCCGCACCCGACCGCCCUGCAUUACAACCCCACCGUCCUCCAAAAGGUGUGGCAGCUCAUGCUCAAGGCUGCCCGCGCCCAGCCCGCCCUCUGGGACGUGCCGGCCUUCCGACUAGACCUGGUCGACGUCUCCCGCCAGAUGCUCAGCAACGAGUUCGACUCGUGCUACAGGGACUUGAUGGAAGCCUACCAGUGCAGCAUCUCCAGCUCCACGACCGGCCAGCUGCGGCCCCGCGUCUCCGCUCCUCCCCCUCCUACCUGCCACGUCCAGGCCGCGGGGCGAAAGCUGCUCGACAUCCUCUCCACGCUGGACCGCCUUCUCGGCAGCCACGAGCACUUUACUCUGCAACGCUGGCUAAGCGCGGCGGCGAGCCUGGGCUCGCGAUUCGGCAACGAGGACCUCUUCACCUUCAACGCGCGCUCGCAGGUGACGGUGUGGCAGGUCGAUGCCACGAGCCUCAACGACUAUGCGGCCAAGGCGUGGGGUGGGCUUGUGGGAUCGUACUACAAAGCCAGAUGGGCCAUAUUUGUCGACGCGCUGGUUGAAGCGGGCGAUGACGGCCGGCCCGUUGAUCAGCGGGGCUUGAACGAGAAGCUGAGGGCGUUUGAGGCCCGGUGGCAGGCUGGCGGGGCAGUUGCCCAGGCGGCGGAAGGGGGGGGGUUGGGGAUGGUGAUGCAGGGGCUGCAGAAGGAUUGGCCGCAGGUCUUUCCGCGCGCCAGCUUGGUGGAGGGAUGUUUAUGA